AAAAACUGUUCAUCAAAAGUAGUUUGAUUCACGAUGGACAGACGCCGCGUGUACGAUUUUCUCGAUGCCGACGUGGCUAAGGCUGCCGCGGCCGCAGCACCUGCUCCAGUGAGGGGUGGGGUUGUCGUGGAGCUUGACGCUGCUCCUCUGCCGAGCAGCACGCGACGUGAGCAACUAACAGCAGACGACAGGCAGGUGGCUGCAGAAACGCUUGCGGCGGAGCUGCAAGCUAGGUUACAGGAAAUUCGGGCAUCUACCGCCGACGUCGGACGACGAGAGAUCAACAAGAUCGCUGCAACUGAAACUGCGGCCGCUAAAAAUCAUCUCUCGGUGGAAGGCCUGGCGACCGUUCGGCCGCUGUGGAGAGAGUCGGAGGUGCCCGGAACUACGGACCAGCGCGGGCGUCCGGUUUACGAAUGCUUGUCUUGGUCGAGGUCCAGCGUCUCGCUGCACACUGAAAAGGUGGCGCGGCCAGGGGAUCCUGCGGGACCGGAAUCGGCGGACCGGACGUUUGCCGAAGAAGGACAAAAAACACCCGCGAAGGAGCCAGAACUCGUCUCUACCGAUUCAACGUCGGUUGAUCGCGCGUUUGGACCUGACGGUCACGAGGACCUCCUCAACUACCUCACUGCCGCUGUGUCGGAAGAUCACGCCGAAAAUCAAAAUUUGGUGGUCAUUCUCCACGGACAGACAGGGGCGGGAAAGACCCACACGGCACACAAGGUGCACCGUGCGGUCAUGCGAACGCUGCUCGGUUUUCGCGAUCGUCGUCAGCCGAUAUUAGCUUCGUCGAAAAACAGCGACAAUCGUGUCUUGGGUCUUUCCGAUGUCACGAUGGAGUACCGAGAAUUGCAGGCCGGGAAAACGCUCUCUGGUGCAAAAUUGGUUGACCUGCUGCUGCCCGAGGACGAAGACAGCAUUUUUGACGGUGCUGGAAAUAGCAGUAAGGGCGGUCGGGCUUCUCCGCGUUCACCCGCAGCCGCUUCGACGGAAGCUGAGACCGCUGGUGACGCCACCGAAACGAAUGCAAGUCUCUCGCCCAACACAGCCACCGUUAUGAUCGGGAAGCUGGAACAGAGGCUCUCUCGGGCCGAAGCGCGCCGAGCCUCGCGAGAAACCAACUUGCACGAGCACUCCUCCAGGUCGCAUGCGAUCUGGACGUUUCAGGUUAAAAUUAGGGAGGGAAAAGAACGAAUUUGCUGCACUGUGCUGGACCUCGCCGGGUCAGAAAAGAGCCUGGAAACGUUUCACAAUCGCGGCCAGGCCAUGGUCGAGACCAAGUUCAUCUCGUCGUCGCUUGCAGCGCUGCACGACUGCGUUCGGGUCAUAGCACGGACGGCAAAGGAAAUUGCAGAUGAUGAAGACGCGGUGCGUACUACUGCGUUCCAAACUUUGAAAAAUCUGCCGGUGUGGCGCGGGAGCAAGCUGACCCUGCUCCUGCGAGACGAAAUUUUGGCGCCCUUGUGGGAUGUGGCUGACCCGCCAGAAGGUGAUCUUGUACAAGGAGACACGCCGAACGCAGCUCCCUCUUUGUCGUGCAAGAUUUACUGGGUCGCUCAUCUUUGCCCGCUGAGCUGUCAUUCGAACUACACGAGAAGAGCGCUGGCCACCCUGAAAGCGGUGCGGGCGCUGGGAAAAAGUGCCACCGCCUUGUCAAAGAGCAGCAAAACCAGAAGGGCCAGCGGGCAAGAAAAAAACGCCUUGCAGGGUCAAAACCCCAGGGCAUGGUCAGACCAGCAGGUGCAAGAAUGGCUCUUGUCGGACGAGAAACUCAAACACAUGGCACCUGCCUGCUAUGCUUGGUUGGACGGUCCUACGCUGGGCCGAGAGUGGAGAGGCGACCUGGCAAAAAGAGUGGCAGCAAGCGGCCUGUGCACCGAAGAAGACGGCCUUCUUCUGUACGAAAUGUUUCAAAAGAAAGUGCUCGCGUAUCGAAAAGUUGAAAAAAGCGUUUAUGCGUCCGAAAGAUAUGGAAAUCUUCGCUCUGGAGAUGCUGCUCCCGUUCACAGUGGUAGGUUUGGCCUCAAU